AGGCCUGGUUUUCCCACCAUCCAACUGUCUGACAGCGCACAUCUGAGCAGUGAUCAGUGCUCUGAGCGACCGACAGCAGAAAGGAAUAGCGGUACUUAGAAGAACAGGGAUGUACACUAAACACAGGCAGAAAAAGGUUAAAACAAUUCCAACAGAAUGUGGACCUCGUGUAAUGUUUUUACUCCUUCUACUACUGAACAACAUGCUGGAAACUGUGAACGGGGACACCAGAGAACGACAAGGGGACCUCCGAGGACAAACCUUCAUUCCAUACUGGCUCUCCGAGGGACGGACCAGACGAGCAGCUGGGGCCCAGUUUCAGGUGCAGCACCCGGCCGCGGGAGCCGUAGCGGUGAUGGCCGAGGGCAGAGAGCUGAUCCUGCAGGUGGAGCGCAACCAUCAGCUGCUGGGCCAAGAUUUCACAGAGACCCAUUAUACUGAGGAUGGGGUACCCGUGACAAUCACGCCAAAUUACACAGAUCACUGCUUCUAUCAUGGCCAUGUCAGGGGGCACACAGACUCAUGGGUAGCUCUGAGCACCUGCACUGGCUUCAGGGGCCUGAUUGUCUUGAAUGUCAAUGACAGCUACUACCUGGAACCAAUCAGAGGGCUGGAAUCCCACCAUCACAUCAUGCACAGGACGGAGCACGUGCCGGUGGAGGGCGGGACCUGUGGGCAGCACAAACCCCACCAUGUGGGCAGCGUGGCCAACCUUGCCAGCCUCGUUCAGCCUUUGCAUCAAAGGGUGAGGAGGAAUGUCUGGAGUACCACGAAGUACAUGGAGCUUUUUAUUGUUGCUGAUAAUAUGCUGUAUAAAAGGCAAAACAGUGACCUUCACAAAACAAAGCAGAGGAUAAUGGAAAUUGCCAACUAUGUUGAUAAGUUUUACAGGUCCCUCAACAUCCGGGUGCCUCUCAUUGGUCUGGAAGUAUGGACAGAGAGGGACCAGUGCUUGGUGAGUGAUGAGCCCAACGCCACUCUCUGGUCCUUCCUUCAGUGGAGACAGAAGCUCAAGUCACGCAGGAAACAUGACAAUGCACAGCUCCUCACGGGUGUCAUAUUUAAGGGUACGACCAUUGGCAUGGCUCCACUGGAGGGCAUGUGCAGCCAUGAGAACUCAGGAGGCAUCAACGUGGACCACUCGGACCUGCCCAUCGGAGCCGCGGCCACGAUGGCCCACGAGAUCGGGCACAACUUCGGCAUGAGCCACGACAACGACGGCUGCUGCGUGGAGGCCACGCCGGAGCAGGGCGGCUGCGUCAUGGCGGCCGCCACGGGGCACCCUUUCCCCCGCGUGUUCAGCGGCUGCAGCAGGAGGGAUCUGGACAACUACUUCAGGAAGGGAGGGGGGAUGUGCCUCUUCAACAUGCCCAACAUGAAGGACCUGGUGGGCGGCCGGCGCUGUGGCAAUGGCUUCGUGGAGGAGGGAGAGGAGUGUGACUGCGGAGAACCAGAGGAAUGUUCCAACUCCUGCUGUAACGCUAACAACUGCACCUUGAAGGGAGAUGCCCAGUGUGCUCACGGAGUGUGCUGUGAGGGCUGCAAGCUGAGAAGCGCCGGUACGAUGUGCCGCGAGCCCGCGGGCGCGUGUGACCUGCCCGAGUACUGCACCGGAGCCUCGCCCUACUGCCCCUCCAACGUCUACCUGCUCGACGGCUCCCUCUGCCAGUACGGCCACGCCUACUGCUACAACGGCAUGUGCCUCACCCACGAGCAGCAGUGCCUCCAGCUGUGGGGAUACGGUGCUGCCCCAGCCCCCGACGCCUGCUUUCAAGAUGUGAAUGCCGCUGGGAACGCCUUUGGGAACUGUGGGAAGGACAGCCGGGGGAACUACAUGAAGUGCGAGAAGAGCGAUGCAAAGUGCGGCAAGAUUCAGUGCCAGAGCGCCGCCAAGAAGCCGAAGGGGACCAACGCUGUGCCCAUCGACACCACCAUCCGCGUCAAGGGCAGGGAGGUGAAGUGCCGAGGGACCUUCGUCUACACCACCCAGGAGGGAGAGGGGGACCUGCCGGACCCGGGCCUGGUCCUGACCGGCACCAAGUGUGGCGAGGGCAAGGUGUGUCAUGAUCGCCGCUGCCAGAACGCCUCUUUCUCCGAGCUGGAGCGCUGCAUCUCCCAGUGCCACAACCACGGGGUGUGCAACAGCAACAGAAACUGCCACUGUAAUGCAGGCUGGGCUCCUCCAUUCUGUGACAAGCCUGGUCUGGGAGGCAGUAUAGACAGUGGGCCUGUCCAGUACUACAGUCAGCAUGGACUUGUGGCGGGUCUGCUCUUUGCCUUCCUUGUGGUCUUACCUGGAGUGCUGACAGCCUUUUACUGCUACAAAAUCAAGACAUCCCCCUAUCAUAAGUGGCGUUCUCGGAGAGCGAGGGGCACUAAUGAUAGCAGGAAGAAGGAUGUGUCUGAUGAGAAGAUAAAAAACGGACACUUCAGCCACCCAUUCCAUCUGAAGGUGAUGGGGUCAUCUGGCAAAACAAGCAAUUCAAAGAAGGUCAGUCUGUCCUCUACCCACCUUGUAGUCCCACAUGUUCAAUAUUUUUGCGUUUGGUCAAUGGGACUGGUGUCGGAGCUGCAGCCCAGACUGUCGCCUUCUGCGCCUCAGAGACCUCUGCCCCUGAACCCCUCCCCGACUCGAGCCGUCCUCACAAAGCCUGCCAACGGGCUGCUGGUGAUGAUGCCACCUGCAGCAACCAAACCUGUGGGCAAAGUAGCUGCCAUUCCCCCUGCUAAGCCAGUCAAGCCAGUACCACCUCAAAAACCCGUACCAGUUGCCAAACUGAGCACAGCCUCAUCCCCAUUUCGAAAAUGACCUUCAGAGAAAACCUGCCAGGACUGCGAUCAGCCUAUUUGCACUAUACAACAGCACAGCUGGAGGGCAGGAGUUGUCGAGCCUCCCCAGCUGUAGACCUGCGUGUGCCUGUGGGGGAGCAGGAGGGGACCCAGAGCGAUCAGUACUGAACAUCUUUAGCAACCCCCCCCACCCCAGGAGGCCAGCAAUCUCACGGACAUGCCUGUCCCACAAAAGAUGACAUGGGUUUGCACUGAAGAGGGCAAACUCCAGCGGGCCCACGUGCCAAUCACUUGGAUUUUUAGCUAGUUUUUUUUUUAAAAAGAUGUUUGUGUUGUGUGCCAAAGACUUCUUCCUUUUGCAUUUUUUUUUGCGCGAUUUGUUACUGUACUAGGGUUUGAACAGUUUUAUAAAACCCACCGGUUUCAGCCAUUCGCUAAGCCUCUCCUUCAAUUUACAUUCAAGCUCUUCCAGGUGGAUAAAACGCACUGUCAGUCCACAGCAGCUUGGCUACCCAAUUUGAAGAUUUCGUCAACGUUUCCAUGUUGAAAAGAAUGCAUUUCAAACUUGGGCCUAUUGUAUAUCUUUACCGUGUUUUAUUUUUUUAAGAUUUAAAACUUUGUUUUCAAAACUGGUCUUGUCAUUUGCGCUGAAAUGGACACUUUUUUUCUGGCAAUUUUGGCAGAAUAGCUUAAAAUGCUGCACUGCUGGUUUAUGCAUUACAGGAGAUGUCCUGUAAUGAUCUUUUAUGGAGGUGCAAUCCUUUCCAUUUUAUUAGUCCACAUAUCAAAAUAUUUUGGUUUUUUCUCCAAGUGGUGGUAAAAAUUGUCAUUUAUGGCUCUUGAGCUAUCUUUCUGCUGAGGAACAACAGUUCAUGUGGUACGAUCGAGUAUAAGAAUUUUGUAAAAGGUUGUUCUUUCAGCUUGAAUGAAAUGUGCUCUUACAAUUUAAGCACUUCAACUGUUCUCACGUUUUGUGUGAAUGAUUUCAAAACAAGAAGAAUCCUUAAAAAAAGUUAAAAAUGAAAUGUUAAGAACUGACACUACUUGGGUUUUCACAAGAAGUUGAAAAUGUCAAAAUGUUUCCAAGUUUUUUGUUUUCAAAUAUUUAGGUUUUGGACAUCACCAAAAGUACCUGGGCACCAAGAAACCUUGUUAAACCAGGUUUAAAGAAAAAGAGAAUACAUACAUUCUAUAAAAGAAUAAAUAAUGGGAACUUCGUAAUGUGGUCCUUAAUCCUUAAUUUCACCAUUGCUUAACAAUGGCAUGAGAACCUGGGUGCCAAAGUUGAAAAACUGCCCGUUCUCUUGCCAUGCUUAUUAAGGAGAGGGACAUGGAAGAAGUACGUUAAGCUUGAGUGUUAUGUUGCUGUAUGACUGUAUAUAGACAGAAUGGAAAAGUGCAUGAAUGUUUUUACAUAGUCCUGAAUGCAAACAA